AUGUCUGAACCCGUAACGCACCAACAUCACAUACCUCUCCGCCAUAUCACAGAUCCAGCUAAGGUUCAAGAGGUGCUCGAGAAGAUUUAUGGAGCUGGUAAUUUUGAGGCUACUUGGAGUGAAGGGGCUAUAGAUGUUAUGGCAGAGCAGGAGAAGCCCCAGAAUCUCCUAGGAAAGCUUCAAGAGGAAGGAUGUUGA